AGCGUCGUCAUUCGUUUUCCGUGUCUUGCGAACACUACACGUAUAAAUUGCGGCAACCAAAAUCACGACAAACGUUCAAUCGCGAAGAUGCUCGGGCCGCGUGUUCUCCACAGUCUUUUGUUAACGACCGCGUUGACUUCGGCCGUGAUUCUCGAUCGGGGAUGGUGGAACCACACGGUUUUUUAUCAAAUUUAUCCCCGCAGUUUUAUGGAUUCUAACGAUGACGGCACAGGUGAUCUUCAAGGUAUAACGAGCAACCUGGAAUAUUUCGUGAACUCUUCAGUGGGGGCGAUAUGGCUGUCAUCAAUCAACAGAAGUCCUAUGAUCGACUUCGGAUAUGACAUUUCGGAUUUCAAGGACAUCGACAAAACGUUCGGCAGCAUAGCAGAUUUCGAAAACCUCUUGGCGCGCGCGAAGAAACUCGGAAUAAAGGUUAUUCUCGAUCUUGUGCCGAAUCACACAUCCGACGAGCAUCAUUGGUUCAAUCAGAGUGUGAACAGCCAGGGCAAAUACGCGGAUUAUUACAUAUGGAGAGACGGAAGAGACGAGAACAAUACAAUACCGCCGAACAAUUGGUUGAGUGUGUUUGGCGGAUCGGCUUGGACAUACAACAAGAUCCGUAACCAGUGGUACUUGCAUCAAUUUCACGAAAGACAGCCGGAUCUGAACUACAAUAAUUCCGAAGUGCGAGAAGAGAUGAAGGAAAUCAUCGAAUAUUGGCUGAUGAAAGGAGUGGACGGAUUUCGCGUGAACGCUGUGCCACAUCUCUUCGAAGUGAACUACGAGUGGGACGAGCCCAGAAGCAAUUUAAAAGGAGUGCCGAAAACCGAUUACAAUUAUUUAGUUCACACUUUAACAAAAGAUCAGCCGCAAACUUACGAGCUGGUGAUGAGUUGGAGACAAAUUUUGGACAAUUUCGCAGAUGUACAUUCUACCAGCGAGAAGGUGAUGAUGACUGAAGGGUACACUUCGUUAGAGAACACCACUAAAUACUACCGCUACGGUUCCAACAUUCCUUUUAACUUCAAUUUUAUCAUGGACGUGAACGCCGACUCGAAUGCCAUCGCGUUCAAAAAAGUGAUAGACGAUUGGAUGGGCGCGAUGCCGAAACAUGGCGUUCCCAACUGGGUGAUGGGAAAUCACGAUCGCAGUCGUACGGCUUCGCGUUUUCCCGGAAGAGCCGAUCAGAUGACCAUGCUGGCCAUGAUAUUGCCGGGCGUGGCGGUGACGUAUUACGGCGAGGAAAUCGGAAUGGUUGACAAAACGGACAUAAGUUGGGAAGAUACGAAGGAUCCCCAGGGUUGCAUGGCGGGAAUCGAGAGAUAUCAAAAUCGAUCCCGCGAUCCGGCCCGCACACCGUUUCAGUGGAACUUUGAUCUUAACGCAGGUUUCAGUAAGGCCAAUAAGACUUGGUUACCGAUUCACGCCGAUUAUCCCAGAAUAAAUUUACUGGUACAAAAACAUGUAAACGAGUCUCAUUACAAAGUUUAUCGCGCUCUGACGGCGUUGCGCAACACGUCAAACGCGCUAAAAAUCGGAUCGUUGACCACCGACGUAAUAAACAAAACCGUUCUGUGUGUUCUGCGAAAGUCGAGCGACGAAGCUGUGACGUUACUGAUCAACUUUUCGAACAACAACAACCAAACGGUUAAUUUACGCAGAAAUUUAACGGAAUACAACAUCAACAAGAUCAAAGUAGCGAGCGUGGAUUCCAAAUUGAAACAAAACCAAAUCGUUCAAUUGGAUCAUUUUACUAUUCCACCGAACGCUUCAGUGAUUGUCACGAGUUUCAAAACCGCAUUCAACGCCGCGCGAGAAUUCGUCGCUUCUCUCGCGACAAUUUUACUAUCAAUGUUCGUUUUGCUGACUUUGCACAAGUAAAAAGAGACAAUUAUAGAAGUAAUAAAUUAACGAGGAACUCACUCGCGCGUUUAUAAGUACGAUAUUACGACGAGAAAAUUUACUUUAACUGCAGACAGUGUCGCUUGACUUUAUUAAAUUACGAUUAUAUUAACGAAAUGUUAAAUUCUCCGCCUUUAUACAAACAACUGCACUGCACCGACACAACGCGCAGGGGGGUUGCAGAGAAACACGAAACAUUUAUAAGCGCUCGAUGCGCGGCGCGUAACAUCGUUGUCAUAAAAUAAUCAUUCGCUCUAACGAACACAUCGAAAAUGUCAAAAGUUUCCCUGAUUCUCUCUCUCUCUUUCUCUCUAUCUCUCUCUCUUUCUCUUACGACUCGGCAAACAAUUGUAAUUUUCGUUCUUUUCUGUUCUCGUGUACCUACUCGG